GCUCAUGAGAGCUGCGAGUACCAGACGUCAGUUAGAGUGUAGAUGGAGACGAGGGCGCCAAAUAGGAAGAAUUCCUGGGUCGGAUCACAACAAACAGCGUCGUCGACAUGAGGCUCAUCUUUAUUUUCCCCUAUGAGUGAGCUGAAGCAUCGAGGAGGAUCACACCGAGUCAUACCGAAGAAGAAGGCUCAAAACAUGGAGACAGAAAGCGUGAGCAUCUGGCCACGUAUGGAGCCCUUCUUACUGGGUGCCCUGCAGGUGGCUCCCCCCUCCAAGCUUAGCCUGCAUUAUUUGCGAAAGAUGGCGUCGUAUGUGCGGACACGGGACGGCUGUUUCCCCUUUCUGGGCUGGUCCAUGUGGAGACACAUUGCCUGUGGCAAACUCCAGCUCCCAGAAGACCUUGCAUGGCUGUACUUUGAGACCUUUGACCUGCUUUUAAGCCAUACUUCAGAGGAGAGGCUGGAGCGGGCUGAGUGUCUGUCACAGUGCUCCUCCAAAAGUGAGCUGAACCUACAAAGGACCAAGCUGUCUGUUGACACCCUGCAGUUCCUCCUCUUCCUCUACAUUCAGCAGCUGAACCGAGUGUCCCUACGCACCUCUCUGAUUGGUGAAGAGUGGCCCAGUCAUCGUACUCGCUCUCCGUCUCCAUCAGACCGAGAGGCCAAAACCAGCUCUCAGAACAAGAACUGGGAUGAUCAGGCCCACCUUUCAUUCAUGCAAACCCACCUGGCUGAGAUCCUGGAGCUGCUCGUGGAGCCAGGGACACAAUCACAGUCUGGACAAGCCCUCAGAGACAGCCAGGUAUCCCUGGAGGCUUUGCGGAGUUUGGGCCUGCUCUUGGAGGGUUCAGUGGGUCAGGGUCGAGUUGUUCAGCCCGUCCACAGACUGCUCACCAAAGGUCCACUGCAAACACAAGCCGGAUACUCCUUCCACAGCCGCUCAUUCCCACUACACAAACUGCUCUCCUGUCUCCAGAACUGCCUCACACUCAACCCGUUUGGGAUGACGGCCUGUCUGCGCUCCGGCAAGAAACUAGCCUGGGCCCAACAAGUGGAAGGGGCCAUGAAGAGAGCCAAAAUAGCCCGAAACACUCACAUGGCUCCACCCGGCAGUCGGAUGGUGCUGAUGUCUCAAGUGUUCAAACAAACGCUGGCUAAAACUUCAGACAAGCUGACUGGUGCCAAAAUCAAAAUCCACAGAUGCUCAGAUGCCUUCAUUUACCUGCUGUCACCUCUCAGAUCAGUGAGUGUUGACAAAUGCAGAGACACCACGGUGGUUCUGGGUCCUGUUGAGACCAGCGUCCACCUCCACAGCUGUCAGAACGUACGGCUGGUCUGUGCAGCCGGCAGGAUUGUUAUCGGAGCUUCCUCUUGUUGCACUGUCCACACUUUGACACCCACCCGCCCUCUUCUCCUACCAGGAAACACAGAUAUUACACUAGGGCCUUUUCACACAUUCUACCCUUCCCUGGAGGAUCACAUGGCCAGCGUGGGGCUCGCUGUCGUCCCCAACCUCUGGGAUCAACCUUUACUUCUAGGAACCGAGGGCCUUAACCCUUCACCAAACGCAUCAUCCCACCAGGACCCCUCAUGUUACCGCCUCCUACCACCUGCUGAGUUCCAUGCCAUAGUUGUGCCUUUUUACAUGGAGGGGGACACGUGUGAGGUGCCGGGGGGGUUACCUCCUCUGUACCAGGCAGCGGUGGAUGAAAAACAGACGAGGAUUCAGAACUGGCAGAAGACAGUGAUGGAGGCUCGACUGACCAAGGAGCAAAAGAAGAAGUUCCAGGAGCUAGUUGAGAUGAAGUUUCACGAGUGGCUGCUGGAAACGGGACACAGACAGGAACUGGACAGCCUUAUCCCUCCCACGUUAACAUCUUUGAAUGACUCCAAUGGGCCUGUGACCGACACGGCUCGCGUUAAUGACGGCAAACCUGUGAGGAACGGACGGGUGGUGGGACAGUCACCUAUGGCCUGUUGAACCGUUAGUGUUUGGUAGCAUGCUUCUGUGAUGCUUGUGUUUGUGGUUAUUACGACCUCACUCUGGCAUCUUUGGCACUGUCUAUACAGUGUUUAAAGCCACUCGAGUGCCGCAUGUUUGUGGACGGACGGCCUGUAUGGUGGAAGAAAAGGCUGCUGACUUACUGAGAUGCCUGAGCAGGGUAGGGACUGGACCGGCAGGUUGUUGAACAUUUUUAAGCACUGAUCUUUAGAGAGGGUGUUAUUAAGGGAUGAGAAGGACAAGGCUCUGAAAGAUGCACUUAUAAUGCACUUGAGGGUCAUUUUGCUGUUUGAAAACUUGGGUGCUGUUUUACUUAAUUCUUUGCCCAAUGGGUCUCUGACAAUGUUACAAAAAGGGACUCAAUACACCGAAAAAAUAAUAAUUUCUAUUGUGGGGUAGAAAAAAUGAAGGAAUAUUUAAAUGUUUUUUUGUGGUGCUGUAUAUUGACUCAGCUGAAUUCUGACCUCAUAGUAGGGGGUUUCACUAACUUUUAAACAGAAAUACCUGCUCUGGCUUGAGUGAGCACUGUCUGCUCACAGGUACAACCUGAAAGAGCAGGAAUUUUUUUUGUCUGUAAAAUUGUUCUUGAUUUUCCUCAGUGCCAAAUGAGGCAGAACCCAUCCUUUCUUUGCCUAAAUGUCUGUUUAUUUUUGUAUAAAUUUGUCUUUAUGAAUUGAAUAUAUGUAUAUAAUAGGAUCAUAAAUGUACCCUGUCUAUUAAACCAUUUUUAGCAUUAAAACCUACAAGUGUACUUCAGAUCUUUAGCUUGAUGUAUGCACCCACAUGCUGCAGUUUGGUUUUUAGAGCUUAAAAGAAAAAAAUGGGGAAAUUGAAGAAAUUUGUGCUGUUACAGUGUAUUUAAAAAUGUAUCAGAUGUUUUCUGAUUGAAUGUGAUUUCUUUGUAAAAUGCCUUCCUGCUGUUGCAAAUUAUGGAAAUCUUCCCUUUAAUUUACUAUGUUCACCUCUGUGAAGCUGCUAGAACAAAAUAGAUUUAGAUUUUAUUAAUAUACAAAUAAAGUUUUUGAAUAAAG